AUGCUCUCCCCGGACGCCCCAGAGCGUCGCGAUGCUCUCCCCCCGACGCCCCAGAGCGUCGCGAUGCUCUCCCCGGACGCCCCAGAGCGUCGCGAUGCUUCUUCCCCGUACGCCCAGAGCGUCGCUAUGCUCUCCCUCCCCGGACGCACCCAGGAGCGUCGCGAUGCCUGCUUCCCAGCCGCCCCAGAGCGGACGCCCACAGAGCGUCGCAAUGCUCUCCUCGGACGCCCCAAAACGUCGCGAUGCUCUCCCCGGACGCCCCAGAGCGUCGCGAUGCUCUCCCCGGACGCCCCAGAGCGUCGCGAUGCUCUCCCCGGACGCCCCAGAGCGUCGCUAUGCUCUCCCCGGACGCCCCCAGAGCGUCGCGAUGCUCUCCCGGACGCCCCAGAGCGUCGCGAUGCUCUCCCCGGACGCCCCAGAGCGUCGCAAUGCUCUCCUCGGACGCCCCAAAACGUCGCGAUGCUCUCCCCGGACGCCCCAGAGCGUCGCGAUGCUCUCCCCGGACGCCCCAGAGCGUCGCGAUUGCUCUCCCCGGACGCCCCAGAGCGUCGCUAUGCUCUCCCCGGACGCCCCAGAGCGUCGCGAUGCUCUCCCCGGACGCCCCAGAGCGUCGCGAUGCUCUCCCCGGACGCCCUAGAGCGUCGCGAUGCUCUACCCGGACGCCCCAGAGCGUCGCGAUGCUCUUCCCAGCCGCCCCAGAGCGGACGCCCCCAGAGCGUCGCGAUGCUCUUCCCAGCCGCCCCAGAGCGGACGCCCCAGAGCGUCGCAAUGCUCUCCUCGGACGCCCCAAAACGUCGCGAUGCUCUCCCCGGACGCCCCAGAGCGUCGCGAUGCUCUCCCCGGACGCCCCAGAGCGUCGCGAUGCUCUCCCCGGACGCCCCAGAGCGUCGCUAUGCUCUCCCCGGACGCCCCAGAGCAGCGUCGCGAUGCUCUCCCCGGACGCCCCAGAGCGUCGCGAUGCUCUCCCCGGACGCCCCAGAGCGUCGCUAUGCUCUCCCCGGACGCCCCAGAGCGUCGCGAUGCUCUCCCAGACGCCCCAGAGCGUCGCGAUGCUCUCCCCGGACGCCCCAGAGCGUCGCGAUGCUCUCCCCGGACGCCCCAGAGCGUCGCGAUGCUCUCCCCGGACGCCCUAGAGCGUCGCGAUGCUCUCCCGGGACGCCCAAGAGCGUCGCGAUGCUCUCCCCGGACGCCCCAGAGCGUCGCGAUGCUCUCCUCGGACGCCCCCAGAGCGUCGCGAUGCUCUCCCCGGACGCCCCAGAGCGUCGCGAUGCUCUCCCCGGACGCCCCAGAGCGUCGCUAUGCUCUCCCCGGACGCCCCAGAGCGUCGCGAUGCUCUCCCCGGACGCCCCAGAGCGUCGCGAUGCUCUCCCCGGACGCCCCAGAGCGUGGCGAUGCUCUCCCCGGACGCCCCAGAGCAUCGCGAUGCUCUCCCCGGACGCCCCAGAGCGUCGCGAUGCUCUCCCCGGACGCCCAAGAGCGUCGCGAUGCUCUUCCCAGCCGCCCCAGAGCGGACGCCCCAGAGCGUCGCAAUGCUCUCCUCGGACGCCCCAAAACGUCGCGAUGCUCUCCCCGGACGCCCCAGAGCGUCGCGAUGCUCUCCCCGGACGCCCCAGAGCGUCGCGAUGCUCUCCCCGGACGCCCUUGAGCGUCGCUAUGCUCUCCCCGGACGCCCCAGAGCGUCGCGAUGCUCUCCCCGGACGCCCCAGAGCGUCGCGAUGCUCUCCCCGGACGCCCCAGAGCGUCGCGAUGCUCUACCCGGACGCCCCAGAGCGUCGCGAUGCUCUUCCCAGCCGCCCCAGAGCGGACGCCCCAGAGCGUCGCGAUGCUCUCCCCGGACGCCCCAGAGCGUGGCGAUGCUCUCCCCGGACGCCCAAGAGCGUCGCGAUGCUCUUCCCAGCCGCCCCAGAGCGGACGCCCCAGAGCGUCGCGAUGCUCUUCCCAGCCGCCCCAGAGCGGACGCCCCAGAGCGUCGCAGUGCUCUCCUCGGACGCCCCAAAACGUCGCGAUGCUCUCCCCGGACGCCCCAGAGCGUCGCGAUGCUCUCCCCGGACGCCCCAGAGCGUCGCGAUGCUCUCCCCGGACGCCCCAGAGCGUCGCGAUGCUCUCCCCGGACGCCCCAGAGCGUCGCUAUGCUCUCCCCGGACGCCCCAGAGCGUCGCGAUGCUCUCCCCGGACGCCCCAGAGCGUCGCGAUGCUCUCCCCGGACGCCCUAGAGCGUCGCGAUGCUCUACCCGGACGCCCCAGAGCGUCGCGAUGCUCUUCCCAGCCGCCCCAGAGCGGACGCCCCAGAGCGUCGCGAUGCUCUCCCCGGACGCCCCAGAGCGUGGCGAUGCUCUCCCCGGACGCCCAAGAGCGUCGCGAUGCUCUUCCCAGCCGCCCCAGAGCGGACGCCCUAGAGCGUCGCGAUGCUCUUCCCAGCCGCCCCAGAGCGGACGCCCCAGAGCGUCGCAGUGCUCUCCUCGGACGCCCCAAAACGUCGCGAUGCUCUCCCCGGACGCCCCAGAGCGUCGCGAUGCUCUCCCCGGACGCCCCAGAGCGUCGCGAUGCUCUCCCCGGACGCCCCAGAGCGUCGCUAUGCUCUCCCCGGACGCCCCAGAGCGUCGCGAUGCUCUCCCGGACGCCCAAGAGCAGCCUUGCGAUGCUCUCCCCGGACGCCCCAGAGCGUCGCGAUGCUCUCCCCGGACGCUCCAGAGCAUCGCGAUGCUCUCCCCGGACGCCCUAGAGCAUCGCGAUGCUCUCCCCCGGACGCCCAAGAGCGUCGCGAUGCUCUCCCCGGACGCCCCAGAGCGUCGCGAUGCUCUCCCCAGCCGCCCCAGAGCGUCGCGAUGCUCUCCCCGGACGCCCCAGAGCGUCGCGAUGCUCUCCCCGGACGCCCCAGAGCGUCGCGAUGCUCUCCCCGGACGCCCCAGAGCGUCGCAAUGCUCUCCUCGGACGCCCCGAAACGUCGCAAUGCUCUCCCCGGACGCCCCAGAGCGUCGCGAUGCUCUCCCCGGACGCCCCAGAGCGUCGCGAUGCUCUCCCCGGACGCCCCAAAGCGUCGCUAUGCUCUCCCCGGACGCCCCAGAGCGUCGCGAUGCUCUCCCGGACGCCCCAGAGCGUCGCGAUGCUCUCCCCGGACGCCCCAGAGCGUCGCGAUGCUCUCCCCGGACGCCCCAGAGCGUCGCGAUGCUCUCCCCGGACGCCCUAGAGCGUCGCGAUGCUCUCCCCGGACGCCCCAGAGCGUCGCGAUGCUCUCCCCGGACGCCCCAGAGCGUCGCUAUGCUCUCCCCUGACGCCCUAGAGCGUCGCGAUGCUCUCCCCGGACGCCCCAGAGCGUCGCGAUGCUCUCCCCGGACGCCCCAGAGCGUGGCGAUGCUCUCCCCGGACGCCCCAGAGCAUCGCGAUGCUCUCCCCGGACGCCCCAGAGCGUCGCGAUGCUCUCCCCGGACGCCCAAGAGCGUCGCGAUGCUCUUCCCAGCCGCCCCAGAGCGUACGCCCCAGAGCGUCGCAAUGCUCUCCUCGGACGCCCCAAAACGUCGCGAUGCUCUCCCCGGACGCCCCCAGAACGUCGCAAUGCUCUCCCCGGACGCCCAAGAGCGUCGCGAUGCUCUCCCCGGACGCCCCAGAGCGUCGCGAUGCUCUCCCCGGACGCCCAAGAGCGUCGCGAUGCUCUUCCCAGCCGCCCCAGAGCGUACGCCCCAGAGCGUCGCAAUGCUCUCCUCGGACGCCCCAAAACGUCGCGAUGCUCUCCCCGGACGCCCCCAGAACGUCGCAAUGCUCUCCCCGGACGCCCAAGAGCGUCGCGAUGCUCUCCCCGGACGCCCCAGAGCGUCGCUAUGCUCUCUCCGGACGCCCCAGAGCGUCGCGAUGCUCUCCCCGGACGCCCUAGAGCGUCGCGAUGCUCUCCUUGGACGCCCCAGAGCGUCCCGAUGCUCUCCCCGGACGCCCCAGAGCGUCGCGAUGCUCUCCUCGGACGCCCCAGAGCGUCGCGAUGCUCUCCCCGGACGCCCCAGAGCGUCGCGAUGCUCUCCCCGGACGCCCCAGAGCGUCGCGAUGCUCUCGCCGGACGCCCCAGAGCGUCGCGAUGCUCUCCCCGGACGCCCCAGAGCGUCGCGAUGCUCUCGCCGGACGCCCCAGAGUGUCGCGAUGCUCUCCCCGGACGCCCCAGAGCGUCGCGAUGCUCUCCCCGGACGCCCCAGAGCGUGGCGAUGCUCUCCCCGGACGCCCCAGAGCAUUGCGAUGCUCUCCCCGGACGCCCCAGAGCGUCGCGAUGCUCUCCCCGGACGCCCCAGAGCAUCGCGAUGCUCUUCCCAGCCGCCCGAGAGCGGACGCCCCAGAGCGUCGCGAUGCUCUCCCUGGACGCCCCAGAGCGUCGCGAUGCUCUCCCCGGAUGCCCCAGAGCGUCGCGAUGCUCUCCCCGGACGCCCCAGAGCGUCGCGAUGCUCUCCCCGGACGCCCCAGAGCGUCGCGAUGCUCUCUCAAGACGCCCUAGAGCGUCGCGAUGCUCUACCCGGACGCCCCAGAGCCUUGCGAUGCUCUCCCCGGACGCCCCAGAGCGUCGCGAUGCUCUCCCCGGACGCUCCAGAGCAUCGCGAUGCUCUCCCCGGACGCCCUAGAGCGUCGCGAUGCUCUCCCCGGACGCCCAAGAGCGUCGCGAUGCUCUCCCUGGACGCCCCAGAGCGUCGCGAUGCUCUCCCCAGCCGCCCCAGAGCGUCGCGAUGCUCUCCCCGGACGCCCCAGAGCGUCGCGAUGCUCUCCCUGGACGCCCCAGCGCGUCGCGAUGCUCUCACCGGACGCCCCAGAGCGUCGCAAUGCUCUCCUCGGACGCCCCAAAACGUCGCGAUGCUCUCCCCGGACGCCCCAGAGCGUCGCGAUGCUCUCCCCGGACGCCCCAGAGCGUCGCGAUGCUCUCCCCGGACGCUCCAGAGCGUCGCUAUGCUCUCCCCGGACGCCCCAGAGCGUCGCGAUGCUCUCCCGGACGCCCCAGAGCGUCGCGAUGCUCUCCCCGGACGCCCCAGAGCGUCGCGAUGCUCUCCUCGGACGCCCCAGAGCCUUGCGAUGCUCUCCCCGGACGCCCUAGAGCGUCGCAAUGCUCUCCUCGGACGCCCCAAAACGUCGCGAUGCUCUCCCCGGACGCCCCAGAGCGUCGCGAUGCUCUCCCCGGACGCCCCAGAGCGUCGCAAUGCUCUCCUCGGACGCCCCAAAACGUCGCGAUGCUCUCCCCGGACGCCCCAGAGCGUCGCGAUGCUCUCCCCGGACGCCCCAGAGCGUCGCGAUGCUCUCCCCGGACGCUCCAGAGCGUCGCUAUGCUCUCCCCGGACGCCCCAGAGCGUCGCGAUGCUCUCCCGGACGCCCCAGAGCGUCGCGAUGCUCUCCCCGGAUGCCCCAGAGCGUCGCGAUGCUCUCCUCGGACGCCCCAGAGCCUUGCGAUGCUCUCCCCGGACGCCCUAG